CUAUAUAAGCGCCGUGCAGGCCUCACGCCUUUCUCUGUGAGGCAGACGCGGUCGCAGCUGCAGCGGAGCCUGGUGCCGCCCGCUCCUGCUCCUGACUCACCGCUGUUCGCUCUCCCCGAGGAACAAGUCGGUCAGGAAGCCGCACCGCAGCCAUGGCUUUUAAAGAUACUGGGAAGACGCCCGUGGAGCCGGAGGUGGCGAUUCACCGGAUUAGAAUCACCCUCACCAGCCGCAACGUGAAGUCUUUGGAGAAGGUGUGUGCCGACCUGAUCAGAGGCGCGAAGGAAAAGAAUCUCAAAGUGAAAGGCCCCGUUCGGAUGCCUACCAAGACUCUGAGGAUAACUACAAGGAAAACUCCUUGUGGUGAAGGUUCUAAGACUUGGGAUCGUUUCCAGAUGAGGAUCCACAAGCGACUCAUUGACCUGCACAGCCCUUCCGAGAUUGUCAAGCAGAUCACGUCCAUCAGCAUUGAGCCAGGGGUCGAGGUUGAAGUCACCAUUGCAGAUGCUUAAAGCAACAUUUUUAAUAAAUUGAUAAUCAGUUGUUAAA